GGGGAAAGUUCCACCGGGGUUACUAGCAACCUUUACAAUCUAUGUAUAUGAGUUGUCGUGUUUCCACCAUCACAUUCCUUCCCAAGUGCUACAUCCCUACUUCCCUCCAAUCUAUUCUCCUGUGUCCAUCUCUCUUGUUUCCUGUCUCUCUCUUGACCGAUAUCGAUUUACCCUUAACCGGAUGUUCUCGCAAGUUACAUCCCAUGAAGCAGCAGCAGACCAUUGGCCACCACCCCCUUCGCCGGAUCUUUCAGAUGAACAGAAAGAGCUAAGGCUGGAAGCAGAGCGAGAAGCCAAGCGGGUGAGCGACGCGAUUGAUCUUGCAAUAUCGCAAGACAGAGAAGCGAGGAGGAGCAGGCGAAGUACAGUAGGCGCAAAGGUUUUACUUCUAGGCCAGGCAGAAUCCGGGAAAUCUACUAUUCUCAAAAAUUUCCAGCUACAUUUCUCUCCGAAAGCAUUCCAAGAACAAUCUGAACUUUGGAGACCGGUUGUUCAUCUCAACCUCGUUCGCUCCGUAAACUUCAUUCUCAAUGUUCUGUUACCGUCCAAAGGCGCAUCUUCGCCCAGACCCUCAUCACCUCGCCAGCUAGAUGACACGCUCAGGCGUCUUUGCUUCAGCCUAACACCACUCAAGCAAGUCGAAGAAACCUUGACGAAGCGAAUCGUGGGUUCAACUAUCCUCCCUCCGAUAGACACAGCUGUUGCAUAUCGUUCCCGAGCCUCCUCUGUUUCUUCUUCACUAUUCAUCAAUCACAAUUCUUCCAAAGAAUGUUUGACCUUCACCUCGCUUCAAUAUCACCCUGCACGCGCGUCGGAGAUUUCCAUACGCUCUGGCGCUCAGUCUUCAUCAUGGAAGCGCAAUCUGAACUUGUUCAAUCGAACACCCAGUAAUAAACAGAACAGGUUGGAGGCAGAAGAAGAUGCUGCCAAUAGGCGAAUCAUCAGUGCUUGUGGUCGGGAUAUCCAAGCCCUUUGGCAGCAUCCCGACGUUCAAGCGAGAUUGAAGGAAGAGGACAUUCAUCUCAAAGAUCAACCAGGAUUUUUUCUGGAAGAUGUCCUGCGGAUAGCACAGGAAGACUAUAUACCCAGUUCGCAUGAUGUUCUCCGAGCCCGUGUUCGUACUAUCGGGCCCGAAGAACAUCGGAUUUUUAUGGAGAAUCUCCAGAAGCAGGAGGGAGGGAAUGGGUGCUAUACGACGUUGGAGGAGCCAGGAGUCAGCGAGGUGCGUGUAUUUUACAUAUCUUUCCGUUCUGGUGAAUCGAGUGCUUUUCCAACUUCAGCUGCAUGGGCUCAGUUCUUUGACGACGUAACCGUAGUUAUCUUCCUGGCGCCGAUAUCAGCUUUCAACCAAGCCCUUGCCGAAGAUCGAACGGUCAACCGUCUUGCCGAUUCCAUGAAGCUGUGGCGAAUGAUUUGUUCUAAUAAGCUACUUGCUUCUGUCGACCUCAUCCUACUGCUCAACAAAAUCGAUAUUCUCGCCGCGAACUUGAAAGCAGGUAUAGCGUUUUCGAAGUAUGUGACGAGCUAUAGCAAAGAUAAGCCGAAUACUGUUGAGAGUAUUUCUAAAUAUCUCCUCGAAAUGUUCAACGGGCUACAUCAUCAAAAUUCGCCGAAGAAGAGGAAGAUACAUCCUCAUCUAACCUGUGCGGUAGACACUAAGGCCACCAGCACUGUCAUCCACCACAUACAAGAGCUGAUAUUGCUCAAGACGCUGUCAGAAACAAAUAUAUUAUGAUUUCGGGUUGUUGUACGAGAUACAGUGGUUUUGUGAACUGUACAAUACUAGCAAAUUAUUCGAGAACCGAGUCGCUCGGCGAUUUCCUUCUUUUCUACCUCCAUCUAUCCUUAUGAUCCCUUCGACCACUACAAACAUUCACAUUCACUUCUGUAUCAUAUAUUCGCGCCACUCAUUCAUGAUUUUCGCCAGCUCAAUUCUUUUUUGUUUUUUUUUUUUUUUUGUAAAAUUUGUUUUUCGUCGCCAUUACAACUUUGCCACGAUUUGUCCCAUCAACGUCCUACAGUACAGUACUGAUUCUUGAUAUUGGUUGUCAAGCGUUAAGCUUGAAACUGUGUAGACAGACCCA